ACUGUGCAUGCAUUAUUUUAAAGUCAUCAUGAUUUUCUCAGUGGUGGGUUUCUAUUGGUUUGCCCUAGUUUGAGCGAGCUGGUAACAGUGGCAAUGGGAGGCUCUACCCACCUGCCCGGACUUCAUCACAGAUGUCUGGAUAGUGCGCACAUGCACUCACAGUUCUGAACCGGUAGCAAAGGUGAAACCAUGCCUACUACUUUUUCCACCCACAGCAUGUCCUCUGGAAGCAUGCAAGGACCCAGGGGAAGACGCCUGCUUGCCUUAGGCAGGUCUCAGGCAGUGCCAAGUACCCACAGGGUUAUUGGGGGCAUGGCUGGGCUGUCAUAUGGUGAUGGGCAGGCAUUUAUGGACACAAAUAUUCUGGACCUGAAUGAAAAGGGCACCAUGAAAAAUCUGAAUGACCGCCUGGCUGCCUACCUAGACAAAGUGCUGUCCCUUGAGAAAUCUAACAUGCAACUGGAGCAGAACAUCCAAGAGCUGUACACAAAACGAGCAUCAGCUGGUAUCCAUGAUAUGAGUGCCUAUUUCAAUGCCAUGACCCAGCUAAAGUCUGAGAUUCAGACGGAGACUUUGAAAAAUGCUGGACUGCUCUUACAGAUUGAUAAUGCCAGACUUGCUUCUGAUGAUUUCAGGGUGAAGCUGGAAUCUGAGGUAGCCAUGCGCCUGUCUUUGGAGGGAGAUCUUGCGGGACUACGUAAGGCCCUAGAAGAAUUGAAUGCAAGUCGAGCUAGCUUGCAGGUGCAAGCUGAAAAUCUCCAAGAGGAGUUGGCCUGUCUCAAAAGAAACCACAAGGAGGAGGUGGCUCCUCUCCAGGGGCGUCUGGGGGGCACUGUCAAUGUGGAAGUUGACUCCAUGCCUGGCACCGAUUUACAAAAAAUCCUGAAUGAGAUCCGUGACCAGUAUGAGGGUGUCAUGGAGAAGAACCGCCAGGAAGCUGAAACUUUGCACCAAUCCCAGUGUGAUGCACUCAAUCAGGAGGUUUCUGACAGCACUGAAGCUCUACAGAGUGCUCAGAUGAAGAUGGUGGAGCUGAAACGGCUGGCCCAGGCUUUGGAGAUUGAGCAGCAAUCUCUUUGGAGCAUGAAAGGAGCCCUUGAGGGGACCUUGGCUGAGGUGGAAUCCCAUUAUGGGGUGGAGUUGUCACAGUUACGUAACCUUGUGGCUGCCCGGGAGGCAGAGCUGCUGCAACUGAAGUUAGAUGCCCAGAACCAAGCUGAGGAUUACAAGCGACUGAUGGAUAUUAAAAACAGACUGGAACAGGAGAUAGCAACCUACCACUGCCUUCUUGAAGGGUCUGAACCACCAUCUUCUCCAGAACCUUCGGUAAGCCGACGGGUGAAGACUGUAAUUGAAGAACUGGUGGAUGGCAUGGUGGUGUCAUCCCGUGUGGAGGAGGUGGAGCACCAGCUUUGAAAGAUGCUGCCUUCCCUAAAGCAGUGUUGGUAGCACAAGGAUGAUGGUGAUGAUGAGGAAGAGGGGAAAGGAAUAGAAGCUCUGAAUGAGUUUUUUUUUGGUUGAGCCUUUCAUUUUUUGCGUAGGUAUCUGUUGAUUGUGACUUUUGGAAUUAUUUGAAGUCUUUAAUUCUAAUUUCCACACCCUCCCUUGGAUUCUGUUGCAUAACGUGCUAAUCAUGUCUUGGAUCACACUUAAAAACCACAAUGCACCAUAAAGUGGCUUCCUUGGUUUUGUAUUAGUACAAGUAGUCCUCAACAUUUAACCAUUCAUUUAGUGACCAUUUGAAGUGACAAUGGCACUGAAAAAAAGUGACUAACGAUUGUUUUUCACACUUAUGACCCUUGCAGCAUCACCAUGCUCACUUGAUCAGAAGUCAGACCCUUGGAAACUGACUUUUGGUUAAGAUGUUUGCAGAGUCCUGGGGUCAUGUGAUAAUCUUUUGUGACCUUCUGAGAUCAGGGGGAAGUCAGAUUCACUUAACAACUAUGUUAUUAAUUUAUCACUUGCAGUGAUUCACUUAACAACUGUGGCAAAAAAUUCACUGAACAAAUGUGUUGCUUAGCAACAGAAAUUUUGGACUCAAUUGUGGUCAUAAGUGGAGGACUACCUGCAUAAUCUGAAUUAUGAAACAUUGGAAUAUCUAUUUUUGGAGAAUCAAUGGAUCCAGGUAUUAAGAAAUAUAAAAUAUGAUUUAAAAAUGAAAUGAAAUAAUCAGAAAAUAUUAUUUCCUGUUUAUUAGACACACUAAAAAUGGUUAAAAAGGGAUGGAUAUUAAAUUUUUAUGUUGGUGUUAUAAGAAAUUUUUAAAUCAAUGAUUUGGUCUUAUCUUCUUAUAUUUUUGAUUUGCAUUCAAAUUACUAUAUAUGUUAUUAUAAUUAUGGGAAAAGAUAUUAAAGUUAAGAACCUCAUUAUAUUCUGAACCAUAUUUCUAAAACAGGUUUUAUUAUUUCAUGAAAAGCUUUGGUUUACCAAGUCUGAGCUAUGGCAAAGUGGAUAAUUUUACAUGUUUGGAAAGUAUUUUACUCUCCUGAUGUUAAGAAGUGGCUCCAGAAUAUGAACUUGGUUUUGAAAAGUCUCUGCAUUCUAAAAAUGAGAAAAUGACACAGGAAUUGCUGCAUUGUCUAGAUUUAAUGAUAAGUUUAAGGAUUAAUUUUAUAUUAUUAUUUACGGCAAUUAGAUGGAUCUUUUUUCAGUUAUUUGUCAUCCCCCCCCCUCUAUUUUGUCAUAUUUAGUUAAUUUUAGUUACUACAGCAUGGUUUAGGUUUUCUUUCUUCAUUAACUUUUUUCUUCUAUUGGUGAUGUACAGUAUGAUUAUUGUUUAUCUCUCUCUUUAAAAGUAAAUUGUUUAAAACAAUGGUCUUCAAAAACCUAUUGUCUUGUUUUGUCUGGAAAAAAAAAGCUGCUAGUAUUUUUUUAAAACUGGGAAAAAUGUUCCAAAUGAGGGUUUGCUGAUUUUCUGUUGCUUCUGCCAACAAGGAGUUUUGCAUGGUUCUGCUUUCUGCUGUUUUUCACCUCCUAUACCUGUGAUGGCAAACCUAUGGCAUGCGUACCCGAAGUGGCACACAGAGCCAUGUUGCCUGGCAUGCGUGGUGUUGCCCAUUCCUCUUCUGGG